AUGUCUACCGGCGCGGGUGAUGCGGACCCCUUUAGACGCACAACUGGCGCCGACAGUGAGCCGCCGCUUGGCGGAGCGGCCGCGAAGGGCGGAGAGGCGGCGGAGCGAGGAGGGAGGGCUGGCGACGGCGUGGGGAGGGAUGGGGUGGGGCGAGAAAGCUUGGGGAACGAUGGCGUGGGGAACGAUGGCGUGACGGGAGACGAGGAGUCGCGGCGGCGACUGAUGCAGUCAGAGCUGCUGUUUGACGUCGGGGAGGAGAAGAGCCCACUGGUGUACUGCGAUGACUACAACGUGCGCCUCUUUGGCAUCGAGAAGCUGCACCCCUUUGACUCGGGCAAGUGGGGGCGCAUAGUGCGAUUUCUCAUUGACGAGGGGCGUGUACAGCCACACCAGGUGGUGAACCCCAGGGCUGCUACUAACGACGACCUGCUGCUGGUGCAUUCUCAGGAGUACCUGGACAGCCUUGGAAGCAGCUUCAAUCUCGCCACCAUUGGGGAGCUGCCCCCACUGGCCCUCUUCCCCAACUUCGUCCUCCAGCAUCGAGUUGUGCGCCCCUUUCGAUACCAG